AUGGAGGACACCAGGUAUCAACUUGAGACUGUCAGCGCGACAAGGGUCGCCUCGGAGGACAUUGACAAGACUUUCCGAUCUAGCUGUAUUGAUCUCAUCUCAGGCGCAUUGGGUGGGAAAGUCCUGGGCUUCUCAGAUGAGUGGUUUGCCGAGGCCAGCAAUUUGCUGACGCCCACAGCCCCGAUAAGGCAGCCUGGUAAAAUGGUGUAUACCGGUGCUUGGUACGAUGGUUGGGAAACAAGACGACACAACCAGGCACCCUUUGACUGGGUCGUCAUACGUCUCGGCGUUGCUUCGGGCACUGUAGAGGGCGUCGAGGUGGACACAGCAUUCUUUUCGGGUAAUCAUGCACCUGCCAUCUCAGUUGAGGGUUGCUUUAAUUCAAAUGAUGAACAAGUUCUUUCGUGGAAAGGAGAAAGGGGUGAGUGGGAGCCCAUUUUGAGCAUUCAGGAAUGCGGGCCCUCUCAACGGUUCGGAUGGAAGCUGGACAAUCCUACGACUAAGCAGUAUACUCAUGUGCGCCUUAACAUGUAUCCCGAUGGUGGAAUUGCUCGCUUCCGGCUCUUUGGACAUGCCGUGCCUGUCUUUCCCGCCGAUAAAGAAGCAAUAUUCGACCUAGCGGCAGCCCAGAAUGGCGGAGUGGCCGUCUCCUGCAGCGACCAACACUUUGGAACCAAAGACAACUUGAUCCUCCCCGGCCGAGGUAAGGAUAUGGGGGACGGAUGGGAAACUGCUCGUUCGCGAACUAGAAACCAUGUUGACUGGGCCAUCAUCCGUCUCGGAGCACCUGCUCUCAUUGAGAGCUUCAUCAUUGACACCGCCUUCUUCCGGGGGAACUUCCCCCAGUACGCGAAGCUUGAUGCGAUUGAAUGGACAGAUGAGGGGGAGCCAGGAGCCGACGGCUUAAAGUGGACUGAGGUGCUGGCACCGAGCAAAUGCGGCCCGGAUCAGGAGCAUGCUUUUGACUGCACAAAAAAGGACCAGCCUUUUACUCAUGUGAAACUCACGAUUAUUCCCGACGGAGGUGUAAAGAGGCUCCGGCCCAAAAAGCCACAAACUCUUCCAGCCGAUUUGCCAAAAUCGUUGGACGAUCGCAAAGUUGUCCCAACUGAAUUUGUACCUGAAACGGAAAUGUACGAUGGCUGGCAAGGUCAAUCCCAAUUUCUAACGAGCCCAAUACCCGCGAAGCCCUUACAAUUCAACAACCUGACGCUUGAUGACCCGGACUACGAUCGGCACUUGACCCAGGGGAUCGCCGACAGCGACACGCGAUUAAUGGAGAUGCUGCAAGCACAGGCCCAACACCAUGGAGGACAGACCUUCGAAGAUGUCGAUGCCGUCGCUGAGGACGGCAAGCUAUCAGAAGAUGAAAAGAAAACGAUGCUACAGAAAGCUUUGAAUAUGGCCGCAAGUAAUGGCGACACGGCACAAGUAUCCAAGAUAUUGAGUGGGAAGGCGAGAGCCUUCGUCGACGUGGAUGCUCUUGACGAGGAUGGAACGCCUCCCUUGAUCUACGCCAGCUGCUUCGGACACGAAAGUGUCGUUCAGGCUCUUGUGGACGCUGGAGUAGAUGUAGACAAGCAAGAUCGAAAUCGUUGGAGUGCUUUGAUGUGGGCCAUGACAAAUCGGCAUAAGGGAAUUGCUAAAAUUCUGCUAGAUAACGGUGCAUCCCCAGAGGCGAAGACAUCGUCGGGUAGAACUGCGUUCGACUUUGUCCCCCCUGACAGUGAAAUGUCCUUUUAUCUGCACGAUAAUGGGUACACCAUUGGCAGCGCUGGAGUGACCGAUGAUUUCUAUAACCCUGGCUUCUCUCAGGAUAGAUUCGAGGAGGAGAUGGCCGAAAACGAAUUUCGACGUCGGAUGAUGAUGGAGAGUGCAAGAGACCUCGAAGUCGAUCUUGGAAAUAUGGGAUUUGACGAUCAACCUGAGCCUUUGGACGACUUUGAAGAAGAACAGCAAGAGUUUGACUGGAGUCGUUGUUUACAUGAUCAGAUGUUCGUAUUUCAGGAGAGCGAGCUCGAUAGAAUUCUUGAUAUCGUCAUCACCAACAUGCGUCCUCAACGAUCUCCAACUCAAAAGCCUGUACCAGCAAACAUGAUAUUCCUAAGCGCUCGUUAUGCGCAUUACCAUGCAAGCCACGAGUUAUUGGGGAAAUUGCUUAUUACUGCGCAAGACAAGAUAAAUGACGUCGUGGAGCAGUAUCAGUGGGAUAUGACUAUACUGGCUUUUUGGAUGUCAAAUGCGACGUUGUUAUUACACUACUUGAGAAAAGAUGCCGGCCUAUUAGAGGCGACAACGGAAUUCCAGGCACAACUCUCUGAAUUAAUCAAUGAGAUUUUCAUUCUCAUCGUCAGAGAUGCUGAAAGAAGAAUGGACAAAGUGCUAGACCCGGCAUUGCUAGAUCACGAGACAAUCCCGGGCCUCGAAGAUGUUACCUUUCAACAUGAGUGGAAACUUUUCAAGAGGAAAAAGGAGGUCAAGGUGGAGCCUCUUGAGAAGAGAUUUCGACCUCCAUCACCAAAGCAACGCGCUAAGCCAGCACCUCGGAACGUCACUUCGCUCCUUUCUUCGACGCUAUUCGUUCUCGACCUCUAUGAUAUACAUUCAGUUAUUACAUCCCAAAUAAUCUCUCAGCUGCUUUAUUGGCUUGGGGCGGAGCUUUUCAAUCGGGUCAUGAAUAAUCGAAAGUACUUGGCAAGGACAAAAGCAAUGCAAAUCCGAAUGAACGUUUCGGUCCUUGAAGACUGGGCUCGGGCAAAUAACCGUAAGCCGGAACACUACGAAUACGGUGAGACUCACGCCUCAGGCGAGACAACGGUGGAAAUAGCACGUAGACACCUCGCCCCUAUCAUUCAGCUCCUUCAGUGGUUACAGUGCUUCUCGUCACUUGACCCAGAUGACCUUGAAGCACUAGUUGGGACACUGCAGCAACUCAAACGUUUGACCCCUCAACAACUGAUAUACGCUGCCAAAAACUAUCGUCUAGAAGUUGGCGAAAAGGGGCUCCCUAAGAGUGCAUUAAAAUAUCUCGAUACUUUGCAAAAGGAGGCUGAGAUACGAAGAGAUAGAAGAAGAACAGUCUCGCCGAUGCCGCCGAGCAGCACGCCGUCGACACCAGUGAAAGGCAGCUUUAAUGGCCCAGAUGCAGAUAAUGCAGGAAGUGCGCAAGAGACACCCCGUUUUGACCCGGACGAUGAUGAAGAUCUCGAUUUACCUCACGGCAUCAACUUCGACCCAUCAAUAAUGCUACCGUUUACUCUUCCUUCAGUCACAGACAUGCUCGUAUCUUUUGGUGCUGGGUUUGGUGGUGUCAAUCGAGAACGGGAAAGGAAAUACAUCCCUACCAUUCCUCCAGAGUUCCUAGAAAAACUUGAGAUAAGUGGGAACUCAAAUAAGCCAAUGUUUGGGGAGAAAGACUGGGAGAACGAAGUAGUUGAGACGUAA